UCUUCUCCGUCACCACAAAAAUCAAAACCGCCGCACCAGAGAGAGAAUCUGAGAGAAACCAGAAGCCGAGAUAUGUGGAACGACAACGGGACCGUAUCGCCGACGGGGAACAAUCUGAAGGAGAAGCGUCACCGAUCGAUGAUGUGCAUGCCGGUGUGUUUCUCCAGCUCCACGCAUCCUUUUGACGUUUUGGACGACGAGGACUACAUCAGGACUCCACGCUCGCCGGUGAUGCCGGAGAUCAGGGACCGGUGCCGGAAUCUCAUUAACAGAAUAGGAGGAGCUAGGCGCAGGAGGGCGUCGUCGGCAGACUUCAGCUACGACGCUUCCAGCUACGCUCUCAAUUUCGAGGACGACACCACACGCGCCGACGACAUCCUCUUCCGGUCGCGGCUGCCGUCCUCCGCCUCCGGGAGCCUGACCCCGCCGGAGAAGUCGACCACGAGCCGGCACAUUCUGGACGACGUUCUGGAGGAAGAUGAGGACAACCGGAGCUGGAGGAGAAACCAAAUGAGGCGGUCGCCGCCUGAGGACAAGGAGAAGAGUACGAAGAGCCGGAACAUGGUGUCGAGAAUCGGACUGCGGGGACGGAACCGCCACUCGUCCACGUCGGCCGACUUCAGCUACGAGCCGUCCAGCUACGCGCUCAAUUUCGAAGACGAUAGCAGCAAAGCCGACGAGCUUGGCCCUGGCAAUGGAUUCAUGGCGCGUUUGCCGCACUCGCCUUUGCCUUCGGUUCAGAGUUCUGCAUCACCGCCGCUGCCGCCUGCAAAGUGUUCGGCGGUGCGCCCAGAGAUUGCUGCCUUUUGCUGAAAAGUUAAAACGACGUGCGUUUCUUGAUACCCGAUGGGACGUACCCUCCUUCCACAAGGUGGGGUAAAACGCAGUCGUUUGGCGCUCGGAUAGAGGCUGAAUAAGGAACGGGCUGAAAGAAUAUCAGGCCCAAUCUGACCACUCAAUGAGAAGUAUUGUGACUCGGUUAUCAGCGUAUUGGAUAAUAGACUUGGACAGAAUAGCCCGUUAAGCCCCAAUUUCAAUAUGGGCUGAUGAGGCCGUGAACUCUGUCUUGUAUUCUAUUCACAUGUUUUUUUUUUUCUCUAAACAGGUUGUUUAAUAAAUAAUUCUAAUAUCCAUGAGAUCGUCUCUGAAUGAUGAUUCUGAUGUUUAGUACAGUAGAUAAUCUUAUUUUGAACGAAUAAAACCUGCAUUCGUUUGUGGCAA